GCUUAGCAGGAGAAGGUGCGGCAGACUGGAGGCAGUGCCAGUCACUCAAACGUAAAGUGCAUGUACAUGUGCCGCUGCAACUGCAGCAUUGUCAGAAGAAAAUAAAUCCUAUCUCCCGCAAAAAACAAAACAAAAAAAGCGGGGAAACAAAUAUCAUAUUUAUAAUUUUUUCCAGAUUACCUCUUGAACUUGGUUACAGAUAUUUGUAAUAAUGAAGAAUUAAGACCAAGACUCCAAGAUUUUUUUCAAAUUCUAUCAAAGCUAUUCACUCUAAUAAUUUGAACUGCACAAAACUGGUAACUCAAUUCCACAUAUCAUUGUUACAAAGUGACUGGGCCUGAUAAAAAACAAAAACACAAACAAACAAAAAAGAUCACUUGUAGCCGUUUGCUAAUCAAAUGCCCAAAAACAGUAAGCUCGUCAAGAGAGAGCUUGACGAUGAUGUCACAGAAUCUGUCAAAGACCUGCUUUCCAACGAGGACUCUGGUGACGAUUCUUUCAAGAAAAGUUCGUUGAUGGUCGUUGAUGCCCAGGAGGACAAAGACAGAGAUAUUGAAGAGGGCUCUGACACUGAGGAGGAAAGACCUGCCUGGAACAGCAAACUGCAGUAUAUUUUAGCUCAAGUAGGCUUCUCUGUCGGCUUGGGCAAUGUGUGGAGAUUUCCAUACCUCUGUCAGAAAAAUGGUGGAGGUGCAUAUCUGGUUCCUUAUUUGAUCCUAUUGGUGGUGAUAGGAAUUCCACUGUUUUUCCUGGAGCUGGCGGUGGGGCAAAGAAUUCGGAGAGGCAGCAUUGGAGUCUGGAAUUACAUCAGCCCACGGCUGGGAGGGAUUGGCUUUGCAAGCUGUGUGGUUUGCUUCUUUGUUGCCCUCUACUACAAUGUCAUCAUUGGAUGGAGUCUCUUCUACUUCUCUCAGUCAUUCCAGCAGCCCCUGCCUUGGGAUCAGUGUCCACUGGUUAAAAACAAAACCAGUGCAUUUGUGGAGCCAGAGUGUGAGAGAAGCUCUGCCACCACCUUUUACUGGUACCGGGAGGCCCUGGAUAUCUCCAGCUCAAUCACAGAAAGUGGAGGUCUCAAUUGGAAGAUGGCGGUCUGUUUGCUGUCUGCCUGGGUCAUGGUGUGUCUCGCUAUGAUCAAAGGCAUCCAGUCUUCUGGAAAAGUGAUGUACUUCAGCUCCCUGUUCCCCUACGUGGUCCUGAUCUGUUUCCUGGUGAGGGCCCUCCUCCUAAAGGGAUCUGUGGACGGGAUCAGUCACAUGUUCACCCCUAAGCUUGAAAUGAUGCUUGAGCCCAAAGUGUGGCGUGAGGCAGCGACUCAAGUGUUCUUUGCUCUUGGCCUUGGAUUUGGGGGAGUCAUCGCCUUCUCCAGCUAUAACAAGCGUGAUAACAACUGCCACUUCGAUGCCGUGCUGGUGUCCUUCAUCAACUUCUUCACCUCGGUCUUGGCCACGCUGGUGGUGUUCGCUGUCCUCGGUUUCAAGGCAAACAUCAUGAAUGAAAAGUGUGUCGCUCUAAACACUGAUAAGAUUAUUGGCUUCCUGAACAGUGGCGUUCUCAGCCAUGAACUCAUUCCUCACCACAUGAACUUCUCCAGUAUUAAUACAGUGGACUACCAUCAAAUGAUAGACAUUUUCAAAGGAGUGAAGGAAACUGAUUUUUCCUCUCUGGGGCUUGACCCAUGCAAUAUCAAGGAUGAACUGAACAAGGCUGUCCAAGGCACAGGCUUGGCUUUCAUUGCCUUUACUGAAGCCAUGACUCACUUCCCUGCUUCCCCAUUCUGGUCAGUGAUGUUCUUUCUGAUGCUGGUCAAUCUCGGCCUUGGGAGCAUGUUUGGAACCAUUGAAGGAAUUAUCACUCCCCUUGUAGAUACCUUCAAAGUGCGCAAAGAGUUUCUAACAGUUGGCUGCUGUCUCCUGGCUUUUAGUAUUGGCCUCAUCUUUGUGCAGCGGUCUGGAAAUUACUUUGUGGCCAUGUUUGACGAUUAUUCAGCCACCCUGCCACUUCUGAUUGUGGUCAUUCUGGAGAAUAUUGCUGUUGCUUGGGUCUAUGGAACAGACAAGUUUUUCGAGGAUCUCAAAGACAUGCUUGGAUUCUCACCAUACCGAUUCUACUACUACAUGUGGAAGUAUGUGUCUCCUCUGGUUUUACUUGCGUUGUUGGCAGCCAGUGUAAUCCAGCUGGGAAUGAAUCCCCCGACUUACAGUGCUUGGCUUGGAGAGUUGGCUGUUGAAAAAACCCUGAGCUACCCACCAUGGGGUCUGGCUAUGUGCGUGACCUUGGUGGUCUUUGCAAUCCUGCCAGUCCCUGUUGUCUUCAUCCUCCGUUACUUCAACCUGAUCGAGGAAGACUCCAACAGCCUCUCAGCUGUGUCCUACAAGAAAGGGAGAAUCAUACAGGAGAAUUCCAGCCCUGAAGACGAUGACACCAGUCUCAUAGAGGGCAGGACUCCAAGUGAUGUACCUUCCCCAAUGCCUGGCAAGAGCAUCUACCGAAAGCCGAGUAGCUCCCCAACUACGGAUAUGGACACUGCCCCGAAUGGCCGUUAUGGAAUCGGAUAUCUGAUGGCUGACAUGCCAGACAUGCCAGAAUCUGACUUGUAAUCCCAGAUAUUGUUUCCAUGGCAUAUUUUAAUGUAUAUACAGUAUGCAUACACUUAGUUUGUCUCUAUAGAAAGUCCGUAUAUAUAUGUUAACUGUAUAUCUUGUAGAUAAACUUCAGCCCUUGUUAUGUACCGUAUGUAUGCUCAUUUCCUAUCCUCCCUUCCUCCAAAAAAAUAAGAGCUGCUAGUUUUGCUAUAGACUGGUUGUAUAUAUUCAUUUUGCAGCAAUAUUCACAGCUCUCGCUCUAAAAAAAAAAAAAAAAAAAAAAAAAAAAAAAAACAGAAAUAUGCUUGGCUCACAGUAGGCCGCAUAAGGAUUUUGUCAAGAACUGAGCAAAUAUAUUCAAAGAUAUUCUUUUUGUGGAUUAACAAUACAGUACAACAGAACAAGCUGGCUUCAAAGCUGAUCAUUCUCUAAAAACCUGUGCCUAACAACUUCUGAUAUUUAUUGUUUAUAGAAUACUAUGUGGGUUAGUAUAUUUAUAUUGUAUUCUGUAAAUAUAUAUGAUAUAUAUUUAUCUGAAUUGUUUGAAAUGUAAAAGGUCGCUUUUGUCUGGCGUGCUGAGAUUUUGAACGGUUGUUCUUUUUCAUUACAACUUGUGUUGUCACAGUAAAACAUUCUCAAUCCUGUAAAAAAAAAAAAAAAAAAAAAAAAAAGUUUGCAUUACGCUUAAACGCGCUACGUGUCUAUUUUUUUCAAAUGAAAUUAAAGAUGAAUUAAUGACCAAA